AUGACGAAGCUGGAAAAUAUUCUAGCUUCAUUCAUGACUAGCACUCAGGCUGCUAUCACGUCACUGGAGACAGGUCAGCGGAACCAGGGCGCCAUUUUGCAAGAUCUGCAGACCCAGGUGGGCAUCUUGGCCCGCCAAAACACUACCAUGGCACCGGGGACUCUGCCUGCCACUACUAUUCCGAAUCCUCAAGAUCCUCACCAGCUCCAGCAGCUGGAUGCCAUUUUUACCAGGAGCGGUAAGACCAUAUCUGCUGAUCCUGCCCCGGCCAGACAGGAGGAACCACUACCUGCUUCAGCACUUCCAGCCGACGAUGCAGAAGUGCGGGUGGAGAAGGAAGCCCCUGCUCCCAAGCCACAACCAGUGGUUAAGGAGCAUGUACCCCAGCUUCCCUUUCCCACUCGCCUACACAAAGACAAGUUGGAGACUAAGUUUGCCAAGUUUAUGGCAAUGUUGAAGCAGCUCAACAUCAGCAUACCGUUCGUGGAGGCACUGUCGAAGAUGCCCAAGUACGCGAAGUUCAUGAAAGAUCUCCUCACCAACAAGAAGAAACUUGGGGAUCUCUCAACAGUGUUGCUGAGCGAGGAGUGUUCUGCUAUCGUGCAGAACAAGCUGCCCGAAAAGCGCAAGGAUCCAGGGAGUUUUACUAUCCCUCUUACUAUUGGCAGCAUGCAUGUAGGCAAGUCCUUGGCAGACCUAGGCGCUAGCAUAAACGUCAUGCCAUAUAAGUGGUAUAAAAAGCUAGACCUAUGUGAACUUAGCCCUACUAGGAUAAGCAUUCAGCUAGCUGAUCGUUCCAUUGUGCAUCCUAGGGGAAUCAUAGAGGAUCUGCUUGUCAGUGUCGGUGCAUUCACAUAUCCUGUUGAUUUUGUUAUUCUUGAUAUACAUGAGGAUGUGGAUGUACCUUUGAUUCUGGGUAGACCAUUUCUUGCCACCGCCAAGGCACUUAUUGAUGUGCAUGAUGGUAAACUGAUCCUGCGUGCUGGGAAUGAACAGGCUACUUUUUCUGUGACUGAAUUUGAUCACUGUGCUAUGAUUGCUGUCACCCAUGUGCAUGCUAUGUCUGAUCAGGUACACGAGCCUGUCGUGUAUCCUUCUGCACCUCUUAUUUUGCAGGACCCUCCUAUCAUUCCUUCGCCGCCACUCCAUCCAGCCUCGCCUCCGAACAAAAAGCUGAAGGAGGAGUGGCGGCCGAAGCCGCAGGUGGCUAAGCCUGUUCGGAAGAAGAGUGGAGACCACUAUGAGCUGGUCCCACCUCCUGCACCACCACCACCCUGGCCAUCCGGGUACUCACUCGCCUGCAUCUUGCCAGAUGGCCAGGUCAAGCUGACCGAUGAUGGUGGUCGCAUCCGUCGGGUGCAUGGCCACAACCUGAAGCUGUACCUCAAGAGCGACGUGGAUCCGCUCUUGGAGGCACCUGUUCCUGCACCUCCCUGA